UUAAUUUAUAUGAUCAUAUUUAAUCCAAGAUGGAACGUUACAAAUGUAUGUACAGACGGUCUUCCGACAGUGUAUUGCAGUUUUUUUAGUACCUAGUGCUAAAGUGUUAGUCUAGACAUUGUGAGUUUACGUUACGGAGUAUGCUGAUCAAUACAUUCCUUGACACGGAGGAUUUCGUGCACCUUUACUAUCCCGAGGAUGAGCCGACGCAGGCGCAGGGUUGCGGCGCGGGGGCACGCAUGGCCUCCAAGUAUCCGCCACGACCACCCUCGCCCGAUUAUAAGCAGGUGUCCUCACCGUCCGUAGGCGAGAUGAGCGAGCGGGAGCGAUACCGCGCGCCGCCGCAGCCUGAGCCGCCACCGCACCGCGUGCGCGCCGCGGAUCUGUACCCGAGGCUGCGCGCGCAUCAUGACGAACCCGGCCUAGAUGCCGGCUUCACGCCUAUAUGCGGCGAAUAUGUGCAGUGGGUGGGUCGCGUGGCGGACGGCGGUACCAUCUCCAUGUCCAACUACCGUCUGCACGUGCAGCCUCGCCGGCGUGCCGGACCCGGUGCUUCUGUGCCGUUGCGGCUCAUCGACGGUCUCGAGAUCCGCGACCUGCUCUGCCUGCUCGUUCUCUGCAAGCAUGGACGACAGAUCAAAUGUACGUUUACAACGGGCGAGCAGUGUUUGGAAUGGUGGCGUCGAUUGACCACAGCUUUAGCGCCGUUAACUUCAUUACAAGACACGUUUGCGGCCGCAUACGCAGCAUGGGCUAAGGAACAGCCGCCCGCUUCCGUACACCGCGCGCUUAUGAGGGCCUCGCACGCGCCGCAGAGACAUUGGUUCGGUCCUGAGGUGGAAAGACUCGGCUUCACGACGAAAGGCGCGUGGCGUGUGACGGCUGCCAACGCGGAGUACAAGUUGUGCCCAUCCUAUCCGCCUCUACUGCUGGUGCCCGCUACCAUCGGGGAUGAGGACCUCGACUCUGUCGCCAGAUUCAGAGCGAUGCGUCGCAUGCCCGCUGUGGUGUGGCGACACCGUGGUAACGGCGCGGUGAUCGCGCGAUCCUCGCAGCCCGAGGUGGGCUGGCUUGGCUGGCGGUCCAAUGAGGACGAGCGUCUGCUGGCCGCCUACGUCACUGCGUGCAAUGCUGACCGCGGUACUCAACCUCCUGCUACCAACAAGCAACUGAAGCUGCUGAUAGUGGACGCGCGUUCGUACGCGUCCGCGGUGACGAACCGCGCGCGUGGCGGAGGCUGCGAGUGCCAGCAGUACUACCCGGCGGCGGAUAUCCAGUUCAUGUGUCUGCCCAACAUACACCACGUCCGCCGCAGCUUCCACCAGCUGCGCGCUCUCGUCGCUGACUCCGACGAUCAGGCCAAUUGGCACAGCAACUUGGAGCGCACGCUGUGGCCGCAGUACGUGUCAGGCGUGUGCCGCGCGGCGGGUGUAGUGGCGCGCGCUGUGCUCGCCGCGAGGCCAGUGCUCGUACACUGCUCCGACGGCUGGGACCGCACGCCGCAGAUUGUCGCCGCCGCACAGUUAGCGCUGGACCCCUACUACCGCACUGUCGAGGGUUUCCGCGUGUUGAUCGAGCGGGAGUGGCUAGACUUCGGGCACAAGUUCGCUGACCGGUGCGGCCACCAGUUCGGCGCGGAGGACCCUAACGAGCGCUCGCCCAUCUUCCUGCAGUGGCUCGACGUCGUGCACCAGAUGAUGCUGCAGUAUCCCUGCAGCUUCGAGUUCAAUGAGGCAUAUCUUAUUAAGUUGGCGACGCACGUGCACUCGUGCAUGUUCGGCACGUUCCUGUGCAACACGCGGCGCGAGCGCAUCGAGUGCCGAGCGGACGGCGCAGCGCACGUGUGGCAUCUGCUGCACGCGCCCGCCUACCGCAACCAUCUGUAUUCACCACAUCAACAUCAACAGGUUUUGUGGGUGGACUGCAGCGUGCGCGCCAUGCAGCCCUGGUGGGGUAUGCUGUGUGGUGAGCGCGAGCGAGAAAGAGAACAUGAUCCGCCACACCUCGACCCACCACCUCAGAACGGAUUGAUGACGAAAACAAGAUCUUGUGAUAACUUAUUGAGCGACGGAGAGAAGCAUACCACCCAAAGACGGCGCAGCGACCCUAGUAUUGCACCAGAUGUUAUGAAGCUAUCAUCGCUGGUGGGUCGCGACAGUCGCGCUCUCACCGACAGCUGUGUGGACGAGCUGGCGCCCCCCGGCACUGCCCCUACCCUUCUACCACGCUCCACACCCUCGCCCCAACCAUCCACCAGUCAGAUCGAAGUGGAAGGUUUAAAUCCGGAGCACUUCAGUCAGCCGUCCGGCAGCGCGUCAUCAUCACUGGAGCGGGAGCUGGUGCGUGCGGCUACCGGCACUGACUGCACUGACAGCACUGAUGGCUCUCCGCCCCCACCCCCGCCCCCACCACACCCCGCACAGCAUCCCACCCCGCAUGCACUGCAGAACGGUGUUGUGGGCGAGCUGUCACAGAGUGUACUGCGCACGCCGGACGACGACACACCCGAAGAGGCCGCCGUCUUCCUAGCUGACACUUACUCUGAACUCCUGCCCAUGCCGGAAGCUUCAAGGGAGAGUGGACGCACGCGAAAUAUAAGCAUAACAUGGCGAUCCAUCUCAGAGUCGAGCAACCAAUCGUCUACCGGAUUCGAUAUCGCGGGCACGCCCCCCGCCGCCCGCGCUGACAGACCCCCCGACCGGCCCGAGCCCCCCGCCAUAGACACCCGUUGUACAGACGUCGACGUCGUCAACCACAACGUCACCUCGGACGUCAUCACUGACGUCAUCGACAAUGUUACAGCUGACGUCACGGACGACGGCCCCCUAACUAACGGCGUCGUCAACGGACUUAAUGAUAUAUCUGCCAAGUUUAUGCAAGUUGAUUUGAAUGGUGGUGCGUCAUCGAGCGGCGCGAGCUCAGAGAGCGAGGGCGAAGGCUCGGGGUCCGCGCGCGGCGCCGCCAGCCAGCUCACGCUGCGCCCCACCUCGCCGCGUCGUAACUGUUGCCGCUGUGCGCGCAACACGCACGGUGUAGAGAGCGAGUCGUGUUGGUGCGGUGCGGGCGAGGCGAGCGGGGCCGCAGCCCGUGUGCGGUGCGUGUGCGGUGCGGGCGCGCGGCCGGCAUCCGACCCGCCCGAUGGUUUGCCACCCGCGGCGGACCCAUUGCAGCACCGUCUGCACCAGAUCAUCCUAUAUCAAAAGAAAGUUGUAGAAGAACUGAGCGGGCAGCUUCGCGAGGCGCGCGAGGCGUUGCGGCGAGCGUCACCGCUGGGCGCACCGCCGCCCGCUCGCGCCUCGCCCUCCGCGCCCUCGCCCACGCAGAUGGCGGUGAGCGUGAACGGUAGCGCGCCCAGCAGCGCCGGGGGCAGCGCGCCCAGCGCAGGGGGGAGCGCGGGCGGCAGCAGCAGUGGCAGUGCCUCAGAGGUGGAGGUGGGGGAGGAGGCGCGCGCCGCCUGGGUGCCGGACUCCGCCGCGCCGCGCUGCCAACACUGCCGCAACCACUUCUGGCUCGCGCGACGCAGGCACCACUGCAGGCGUUGCGGUGGUAUAUUCUGCGGCUCGUGCUCGGAGAUGAGCCCGUGGGGUGAGUGCGGCGCGGUGCGCGUCUGCCGGCGAUGUCGCGCGCUGCGGUGACCCGCCCCGCCCCCCUCCACUGCCCCGCCCCCUCAAGCUCCCACGUGGUCAUUCCUUCGUUCAUUCAAUGAGAUCGACAUCAUUCAAAUGAAUGAAGUGCUAUAAGUCAUGCACUCUGUUGCAGAAACUUUUGACGUUACGAUUACCCAAUGUUACUGACUAACCGUGGAUUUCUGAUACCAAAAUGUCUGUAUAAAUUAUAUCGUCAUCCCUGU